GGAGUGGUAGAACAUAUGCAACACACUAGCUGCUUCUAGGCCAAAAAAAAUUCCCCUUCAUGUAUGAAGCAUGUUUAACCAUUUCUCUUCCAGUAAGUCUCCUCCCUCGCCAGAUUUUGCUAUAAAUUAAAGCAACUGAUGAGCUCUAGUAUACACAUUUUUCUCUUCUGAGCAAUUCAGCAAGAUCCAACAAAGCCUUUUGUGCAGCAGCAGCAGGAGCAUCAGCAUUUCUGUGGACCAGCUAUUCUCUUCAUUCCAGCCAGAACACUUCAGCAUCUUAUCCAGCAGAAUGACUUCUCAGACCGUCCUCCUGUGCGUCCUGGCGCUCGCGUCUUUCUUCAGCUCUGCUUUGUGCUCUCCUAUGUGCAACAACCGCUGCUGCCGUUUCGUGGAGGGCUUCCCCGUCAGGCUCAAGAAGCUCAGACAGGACUAUUCACGGAUCAGAGAUUUCUACGAAGCAAACGAUGACUUAGACUCAGCGCUGCUAGAUCAGUCCGUCGAAGACUCCUUUAAGAGCCCGUUUGCCUGUUACGCCAUGAACAGCUUACUGGAAUUUUACCUGGACACGGUUCUGCCGACAGCCAUGGCCGGAGUGACUGAAGACACCAAGAACUUAAAGCCUCACGUGGAGUCCAUACAAGAAAUUUUCAAUACCCUGAAGAGAGAUGUCACCCAGUGUAGGAACUACUUCUCCUGCAAAAAACAUUUCGACAUCAACAACCUGAACUCUACUUACACUCAGAUGGAGAGCAGAGGUCUAUACAAGGCCAUGGGAGAGCUGGACAUAUUGUUUAACUACUUUGAGACAUACCUGGCUUCUAAACGACACAGACAAUAACCUCUGCUGGAAGACCUCCUGACCUAAAUCAAGAUAUGAAGCUCAUCUCUGGGAGAAACAGAACUUUUACAAGUAUUGACAGAUGUGAAUUUUUUGUAUGGGACUUACUGAACUGUUGUCUUUAUUUUUUAUGAGACGUUAUAACCAAUUUGUCCUAUGGACAAUUUUCUGUUAGGAUCCUUUUGAAUCAUUAUCAUGCUGUUUUAAAAAAGGACACUUUGUUAUAAUAAUAUUACAUUUGUUAUAAUUAUUUAUAAAGAUGUUUCAUUCUGUGUUUUUUAUAUUUAUUGUGCCUUCUGUUAAAUUGAAAUAAAUUACUUUAAUAAUAUGACAGAUGUCUCUUUAGAGUUGCUUUCACGAUAUGUAAAAGCUGCUAUGUUUGCCAUUAAAAGGAAUAGAGCACUGAAUACAUCACAUCCUGCAGUAUACGUGAGGAACCAUAGACUGCACUGUCAACAUGCUGAUGCACUAACCUCAAACGUGACCCAUAUACAUCACUUACCAGCAGCAACACUGCUGUAUCUUAACUUACCGUAACUCCAACUAGCCAGCCUCACCCUCAAUGGCAUAUGCACACUUGCAUGCAUGCAAAAGUAAUCUCACUUAGUCACACACAUUUAGAACAAAACUGACAGGCAAACUAAAACCACUCUGUCACAAUGAAGGGAGCACAAAGUCAUGGGGAGCAAUUGCAGAUUUAUUUUGGGGAGGGGGUGGUGAAAGCAUCAUACAACAGUCAAUGAUCUGAACUGCAAAUAAAGAAGAAGAAACUGUACACAGACACCUGUGUACUGUAGUAUCUUUGACUGUUUUUUUGAAAGUGAAGCAUCUACAAAACAAACUCACAAGCAUCAGUGAGGUUCCAGACCUGACUCAGGGCUGCACUGAAACUACUCCAGGACAUUUCGUCAGUCACUUGCUGACUCAACGUGGGAUGAAUAGUAUCAAUUCAGCAAUGACAGUACCUUGCAAAAAGAUAUCAUUCAUAACUUUGUUCUAACAGGGCAUUGCUAUUUUUUUGACCUGUGCAAAAAGCAGUUUGUCAGCAGUGUUGUGGUCAGUGCUUUUAUUAUUUCGAUUUUUUUAAAGAUGCUUGCAGAUUCACACUUCAGUCACCCCCCGCCCCCCAAAGAGCUCUGGAAUCGGUUCCACGUAAACCGAUUAAGAUCACAUCUGGUUGUUAUGUAAUGAGUGGACUUUCAGACAGCAGUAGCUUCAAAGCAGGCUGAGAAAAACUGAAGAAUCAUUUUCACAAGUUUCACGCUGGUACUCUUACACUAAAUAUUCACAUCCACCUAAAGCAUGGCAUUGAGCAGAAUGCAACAUCUCUGAAUAUUGUACAGGCAUGCUCACGAACAGCAGGUCACAAUAAAGAAAGCAAUUAAAAUAUCUGUUCCUUGGGCAAAUGAAAUACGGCUGUGUGGAAUCUUUGAAAAUUACGUUUCAUGGUGUUUUCAGUGAAUAGAACAUUUUCACAGAUGCAUGUGUGUCUGAUUUUGUUGACGGAAAUAUAAACAAAAAAAGUCUUUCACUCAUCUGUUUCAUAGCUCACGUGUAUAGGAAAGUAACAAACAGUGCACACAGACGCAUAUGUGUUCCGCACCCUGGAAAAAAAAACAUUUAUUCAGAGGUUUCGGUACUCGAUCACGAGGCAAUUAAUCAAAGGGAAGGUACCUCUUAUAAGACUGGUUCUAAGGCUGCAAGUGCAUAUUGAAAGUUCAGUCAGUUUGCCGCUACACUAUAUGGACAAAAACGGUCACCUUCACAUUGCACCUACAGGAGGUUUUAUGGCAUCCCAUCCUACAUCCGUAGGCAGAGCAACUAUGAUGUCUUCCGCUCUUCUGGGAAGGCUUUCUAUGACAUUUUGGAAUGUGUCUCUGGGAAUGAUUGCCCACCCCCCAACAGUGGUGUUGGACAAGAGGCUUGACUUGCAAUUUCUGUUCAAUAUUUUCUCAGAGGUGAUUUUGAUGGGGUUAAGGGAGGUCAGGGUUCUGUACAGGCCAGUCAGAUUAUUCC